AUGUUCUCCCAGUUCUCCAGGGAGCUCGCGAUCAUGGUCCGGCUCCGGUCGCCGCGGAUCGUCGCGGUCCUCGGCGUCGUCACCACCGACCCGACGUACCUCGGGCUCGUCCUCGAAUACCUGCCGGGCGGCUCGCUGCGGGACGCGCUCGACGCCGAUGGCGCCAUCGACGCGGAGCGCCAGCGCGUCUGGUCCGCGGACGUCGCGCGCGGCAUGGCCUACCUCUACAAGUCACGCAUCGAGCAUCGGGACCUCAAGAGCCUCAACUGCCUCCUGACCCACGACGGCCGCGGGAAAGUCUGCGACUUCGGCCUGAGCAAGUGCGACGACCUCGCGGCGACGCGCGCGACGGCCGGACUCUGCGGCACGCCCGCGUUCAUGGCGCCGGAGUACCUCGACGGCGGCGCCUUUCACGAGAAGUGCGACGUCUACUCCUACGCCAUGGUGCUCUACGAGAUCUGGACGCGGGGCUAUCCGUGGGAG